GAAGCUGGAGCUUAUGUCGCAUGUUCUGGACAGUGACGUGGCGUGAAUCCCAGCGGCGACGUGGCGCUUCGGCGACUGCACUGCUCUGAGAGUUCUUUCUCAGCGAGAAUGUCGCCGACACAGCACGUUGACCAGUUGGCAAUGCCAACGACCGCCUGGUCCCUUAGAAUCCACGUCACCUCAUGCGCCGUUUUUCCUCUCUGUUAUUAAAGGCCCACAAUUAGGUGCACAAAUCUAGUUUCCUGCUACCGCGCUCUUGUUUAGAGCAAUUAAGCAAUUUAGAGCAAUUGUCAUCUAUUAACGAGAAAAUUACUUGAUGGACAUUACAGUACUUAACACAAAUAGGUUAAUUUAUUGGACACAACAAACCGUCGUGUGUGCCGUCGUCGGGUCUCAUUCUGUGAAAUGAGAUCUGACGACGGCACAUAUUCUGAUAUGGACGAUUUCUAACAUAGAGUGUGGGCAGCAGGCUGGGGGAGGCCGGGUCAUUCCAACAAUUUUUUUGGAGUGCGAAGAAAGGUUACGAUAGAUGUUGAAUUCUGAUACUUUCUUAGCACAUCUGAACCCGGAUUUCACACCGUUCAAAGCGCUUGUUUCAGGAUUUGGAGCUACCUCUCGUCAUUUAUCUUCGAGCAGUCCGGCAGUUGUGUACUGCUUGUCUCGCCUUGCGGAAAGUACUGGAGAGUUGUAUUAUAAGGACAAGCAUUUGAAGACCCAAGAUUUUGCAUCUCCGACCAAAUCUGGAGUAAACGGAACCCGCCAACUAUAGACCCAUAGGGUCAGUCAUUCGCAUUAUAUAGCUACAAAAGCAUUUUUUAAGAAUUCGGUGAAGUCGUGAUAACCAAUAAAUUGGUUGUGUUACGCAAGGUAAUUUUUUCUAUUAAUUUCAGAUUUGGAAACGUGAC